ACCCUCAAGACUGUUUACCAUCCGUUUCACUAAAUAUCCCUUUGAGGACAAUUAAGUUCAGUUUGAGGCGAUAUAAACUGUGAAGCUUUCUCCGUGUUAUCCUGUCGAAAUCCAGCGAGGGGACAGAGGCAGUCAUCUGGAUUGAUCUCAAGUAAUUGGAGGCCGAUGGGAAGAGAAGUCAAUGGAGCAUGAAAAACAAAUCCAACAACUGCUACCUGCUUGCAAGUAUAAGAACACAAACAACCUGACUGCUUCAGCAGAGAGGGAUCAGGGAGAGGGUCCACUUCAGACCUUGAUGGUUUUGACUCUUGUCAGGUAGGAGCAUGAAUGUCUGUCCUGAUAUCAUUUUGAAUGGCAGAGACAAAUAAAUACUUAGUUUUUUAAAUGUUCUACUCCUGCAGGGAUGGCAUCAGAUGAAGUUAUCCGCGGGAUGCUCUAUCUGUCCCUCACCAUUGUGGGAGUCCCAGGUAACGCUGCGGUCAUCCUGGCGUUCCUCCUCCUGGUCUACCACGAGAACCGCCUCCUCCCAGCUGAUGCCAUCGUCCUGCACCUGGCCUGCGUCAACCUGCUGGUGGUGGCCGUUCGCUGUCUGCUGGAGACCCUGGCCUCCUUCCGCCUGGCCAGCAUUUUCGGAGACUUGGGCUGCAAGGCUGUGAUCUUCAUCUACAGAACGUCUCGUUCCCUCUCCAUCUGGCUCACCUUUGUCCUGAGUGCCUACCAGUGCCUGAGCAUCGCCCCUCCUGGCUCACGCUGGGCCUCCUUCCGCGCCCUGGUAUCCCACUAUCUGGGCUUUGUGUUCCUCCUCCUCUGGCUCAUCAACACCUGCAUGAGCUCGGCGGGCAUCCUCUUCUCCUUCGGCACCCAGACCAACUCAACCCUUAUACACCAUGCCAUCAAUGUACAAUUCUGCUUCGUUCACUUUCCCUCGAAGUUAUCAAGAGACGCAAACGGGGCAACUCAGGUGGGCAGAGACGUGGUGCCCAUGGCCCUCAUGACUCUCGCCAGUCUGAUCAUCCUGGUCUUCCUCUACAAGCACAGCCAGCAGGUGAAGGGGCUCCGCAGCAGCAGCGGUGGCGCAGCAAGCGGGGGGGCCGAGCAACGAGCUGCCAAGGCCGUGGUGGCGCUUGUGACCCUGUAUGUGAUCCUCUACGGGGUCGACAACGGUCUGUGGGUGUACACCCUCACCGAGGGGAAGACCAUGAAAUCUGCGCUGAUCUCUGACCUGCGCAUAUUCUUCUCCUCGCUCUACGCAGCACUCAGCCCCGUGGUCAUCAUCGUGUCCAACAGGAAGGUGAACGGCAGGCUGAGGUGCACAGCGCAAGAGAAGCCGGUUCAGGAGAGAGCCACGAGCCUCUCGACUAUGUGA